AUGGCGGACGGGCCCGGCGCGCCGGUGGCCUCUCGGCCUGGCCGGUGUGCUUAUUUCGUGGCGCGGAAAAGGCGCUUCUGCAAGAUGGUGCCGGCGUCCGGGAGGCGCUUUUGUGGGGAGCACGCCGCCCAGGAGGAAGAAAACGGCAGGAAAAGAAUUCCGUGCCCUCUGGAUUCAAAACACACUGUAUAUGAAGAUCAGCUACAAAAACACUUGAGAAAAUGUAAUUCAAGAGAGAAGCCAAAGCCUGUCUACUUUGCUAAAGAUAUUAAUGCAGGUUUGAAAGAAGCAACAGAUUUGCCUGAGGAAAAGCAGGUUUCUAUUUCUGCUCUCUCUAAAGAAGAGUUAGAGGACUUAAUUAGAAAGCUGAAAAGAGCAAGUAAUGGUAUAAAAUCUGUUCUUGAAGACCAAAUCUGUUCUCACCAGGCCUUACAGGAAGCCUUAAAUGACCCCAGAAAUGGAGGUUCUGCUUUUAAGCAUUUGAAACAGCAGGCUUCUAUAUUAGGUAUCAUGGAAAGAUUAAAUCUGCUUGGACCAAAGAGAUGUUUUGUUGAAUUUGGAGCUGGACGAGGAAAGCUGUCUCACUGGGUUGAUAUAGCCUUACAAGAUGCUAAAGAUGUUCACUUCCUUCUUGUUGAAAGAGCAACUACCAGAUUUAAGGUAGAUGGGAAGCACAGAAAAAACAGCUUUGAAAGACUUCAAGUUGAUAUACAGCACUUGUGCUUAAAUAAGGUACCAGUUCUUGUGAAAGAGAAACUACCUACAAUAGGCAUUGGAAAGCAUGUAUGUGGCUCUGCAACAGAUCUUGCUCUGAGAUGUUUGGUUGAAACCUAUGCAAACCUCCGUGAUGAUAAUGGAAGGGAAAGUCCAGCUGCUAAACGCUGGAAGAGUGAUGGAACCAGCAGACCUGAUAGUUCUCCCAGUGAAUCAUGUAGCAAGUCUGUAGCUGAGAACUGGAGCCCUGUGGCUGGCAUUGUUAUUGCACUGUGUUGCCAUCACAGGUGCGACUGGAAGCAUUACGUGGGACGAGAGUUUUUUGCCACGGUAGGGCUUGGGGCAACAGAAUUCAAUUAUUUUAAAAGAAUUACAAGCUGGGCCACUUGUGGCAUGAGAGAAAGUGGUCCCCAAACCUCUACAAUUGAAACGGAGAGUGAGGCUGAAGAACAUGACCUGCAUGACAGAAGCAUGGAGUGCAGUUCAGAUAGUCUACAAGGGCUGCUGACCACUGAGGAACGAAAGCAAAUAGGUCACCUAUGUAAACUGUUGAUAGAUCAUGGCCGGAUUGAAUAUUUACAGCGAAGAGGGUAUGAUGCUGUCUUGCAGUACUACACAGAGCCCAGUGUGUCCUUAGAAAAUGUGCUAUUGACAGCAGUACCAUAUCAGUCUUCAUUACCUCAUUCAACUUCUUAAAGGAAGAGAGGAUUUUGGAGUGGCUGGACAUGCGCUGUGUAGA